UUUUCCCCUAUAUAAUGACCACACGUAGAAGCUACAAAUUUCCUUACACAUUUAAAUUUUCUCUUCACUUAACUUUUGUGUGCAACAUAAUUAAUUACCUUAGUCUAAAAAAAUAUAUUAUUAUUAUGAGUUAUUUGGGUAUUGGAGUGAGUCCUGGUGAUGUACCAGUUCAUCAUGGGAAUAAUAUGAAGAAAAUUGAUAAGAGAGUGAAAAUAGCUGAGUUGAUAUUGAGAUGUAUAAUUUUGGGUUUAGCAGUUGUUGGUGCUCUACUUAUAGGAAGUGAUAGUGAAGUUAAAGUUAUUUUUUCAAUCAAGAAAGAAGCUAAGUUCACUGACAUGAAAGUUCUUGUAUUUUUAGUGAUAGCUAAUGGAUUAGCUGCUGCUUACUCUCUGAUUCAAGUUCUAAGGUGCAUUUUCAGUAUGAUUAGAGGAAGUGUUCUUUUCAAUAAGCCGCUGGCUUGGGCUAUUUUUUCCGGUGAUCAGUUGAUGGCCUACUUGGUUCUAUCGGCAGUGGCUGCUGCGGCACAGUCUGGUGUAAUUUCCAAGUUAGGUCAACCACAGUUACAAUGGAUGAAGGUUUGCAAUUUGUAUGGCAAAUUUUGUAACCAAGUUGGGGAAGGCAUUGCAAGUUCUUUACUAGUUAGUCUUAGUAUGAUUGUCCUCUCCGGUAUAUCGGCAUUCAGUCUCUUUCGUUUGUAUGGAAACAAUCGCGGAAAGAGUAAUGCUAGAUGAUCAUCGCUCAGGUGGACAGAGUUACUCGGUACUUGUGAUGGUUGGAAAUUCGUCGAGGUGUGUAUAAGUUGGAUCGAUGCCACGAUAAAUUGAAAACAAAACAAGUAAUGCUAGAUGAUGAGUAGAGUAGUAGUAGGAGUAGUAGUCUAAUCUUGACCUAGAAGAUUAAUGUAACUUUGGUUGAUGUUGGUGAUAUGUACUAUGUUGUCUUGUGUUGAAUUGUUGUAAAAUAAACUUUUAUGUUAUUUCAUCUUGUUUCAUGCUG